AUGGCUCAUCUUUUUAUCGCGCUAAUCUUACUCAAAGUUGGAUCAACUGAAGCUCAGCGUAAGUCAUUUUUAUUACAAUUAGUCCUAAUUGCUGCCAAACAAAGCAAUAUUUUUCGUAAAAAUUCUGUUUUCAGUAUCUUGCGUCUACUGUCAUAAAGGAGAUGAGCUGGAUGUCGCCUCGCUCUAUCGUUUUAUGAGUUUUGACUCGUAUUUUUACAAGGAAAACUCUCAUGAUGACUGUGGCAAAGAGAAUGCUACUUCGCUGAAAUAUAUCAGUUGUGCUGGACAGUGUGCCUACGGCACAAUGAUGAAUUUUGAAACUAAUGUCACUUCCAUUGCUACUGGCUGCUAUGAUGAGAGCGCUGUAGGUUCACUAUGUUUAAAUUCGUUUCAUCGAUUUCCUGUUAAAUUUUGCUGUUUUAGCCACCGAGCCCGAUUAUAAUCGAAGCUAAGGGAGUCAGCAAGGAGUUGAACAUCUACCCUUGCAGCAUGGAUGAGUGCAAUGCUGCCCUAGGUAAUUUUUUGAGUUUGCUUUAAAAAACUUGAGCUUCUGUCAUAGCUGAAGCUUUGUGGCGUUCUCUUUGUUCGCCGAGAUUAUUUAUUAUACAAUAUUAUAACUAUCAUUUGCAUUCAACGCCCUUCAUUUUCAGAAAGUGCUCAAGAAAACCGUACCAGGACAAUGACCCCACCUCCAACGACCAUUCCACCGACCACAACUCGUCUUUUCGAUACGACUGAAGUUACCGAUGAAGACUCUUCUUCGGAAGAAGAAACGACCACCACAGCUGAGCCAUCCGCAAGCCCAGAUGGAUUCACUUUCUGGAACUUCAUCCUCCCACUGGUUACUCUUUCUUUUUUAUACUAG